UGAAUCAGUCAGUUUGUUUCGUUCCUUGCGGUGUGCACGAAAUCUUUCGCUCCGCGUUGUGAACCGGACGUGCGUUAUUCAUUCCGCGAGACGAGUGCGGUUAAACCGUGUUUGUGAUUCUGGUAAUUGUGGAGAGCGUUGGAGUUGUUAGUCGGCACCAAAUCUCUCGGCCCUUGUGUUUGAGGUUAUUUUUGCCAGUGAAACAGCGUCCUUAGGACGGUUCGGAAAUCGGGUCAAUCUACCCGUUGUGUAUGAGUGUGUGUGUUCAUAUUUGGUAAUUGCCUUAAACCCAUCAUACCCACGAUCAAUGAAAUUCUUGGACCCGCAGCAAAAGGGAUCGUCUGAAAGUUUGAAGUGCGCUCCAUCAUCACCCCAUGUGUAGAACGUGAUGCGUCAUCUACUUCGGGCGUAGUUUAGUGGCCGUUACUAAGAAUCUUCGAUCACCAUCCCUUAACACAAGGAUGCGCAAGCUUCUUGCUAAGCACAUGUAGAAGUGAAAUUUUGCCUCCCGUGCAACUGUCAACUAGAAGAAGAAGAAACACAAAGCAAGAAUAAUGCAGAAGAGAAAUAUCAACCUCUCGCACGCUCGCCCUCGUCCACUCACCACUUUCCAAGGAUAAGGAUAUCAGAGAAAAAGUUGGCGCUGUGUUACUCGAAUUGUGAAGCUAUUGAUCAUUCGGCUAGAAACUAUCUUAAUAAGCGUGUGCGUGCGUGUGUUUUAUCAGUUACCAUCAUCACCACCAUCAUAAGCUGGGUUACCGGUGUGGCAGACGCGCUUUUAUUACAAUGCGAAACCUUUGCCCGAACGAGCUUUUUAUAAGCAGUAUUGUGUAGUUAUAGUAUAGUUUUUCCUCGGUUCAAACUUUCCCCUUUAAACCCCCAAACCAACCCCGCCCAACUGUCUGAGAGCAGGUGACAGCUUACGAGUGGGCACCUUAAAAAUGGAUCGACCCCGUGGUUCAAUGUUUUUUACUAAAAGAUCUGAACAUUACGACAAUCUCAAACGGCAACAGAGCAAUCCGCAAAGGCCACUGCUGCUGCCAAAGCUACAACCCAUCAAACCACAAGUCCCUCCACCCAACGACGAAGUCAGCCUCGUACGGGUCGGCUACCUACAGCGCGGACCUAACAGCGCCAACAACGGCGCGAACGCCACCAUCGUCAGUGACGCAGGCCAGCAGGUGGUGGGUGAUCCUUGUAACGCCACCAUCGUUACGAUCGAACUACCCUGGAAUCCGAUCCUAAACAACGGAGCCCAAUCACCGGCAGCUGCCUGUACUGCACCGAGCGCCCUAUCACCGCAGCAAUCGGUAACGUCCGUGGGAUCUGGAGUGGGCAGUGAACAGCACUUGCCUGUGUAUCGGUUGCAAACGGUUCCCGUGUCACAGGCAUCAUCAUCAUCCUCACUGCGCACCAUCAACGGGACGACCACGAUCGUCCUAACCGGCAGCGGAACAGUACCGCCCGCCGACACUAACGACCGAUCGUCGCUCAAGUGUCUGGAGACGCUCGCCGAGAAGGCAGGCAUCACGUUUGACGAACCGUACGACUUCCUUCCCGACACGCUGGAGAAAUCGCAGAGCCCGGCGCAGGUGGCGCAGCAGGCCACGGUGCCGCUGCAGCUGUCCCAGGAACAGCUGUUCCAGUACCAGCAGAUCCAGGCGUACGGUGGCACGAUCCAGGUGAAGCAGGAGUACACACCAACACCGACCGGACAGCCCGGUUCGGCCGGUGUUGAUCAUCAGCAGCAACAGCAGCAACAACUUCAGCAGCAGCAGCAGCAACAGCAGCAGCAAGCACAGCAGCAACAGCAGCAGCAAGCACAACAGCAACAGAUGCAGGUCCUGGCCGAAGCGAGCGGUGUGGCACCGUCACAAAGUCCACACCAUGCUCAAACCCUUCAGCAGCAGGCCGCCCAGCAGCAGCAGCAGCAGCAGCAGCAACAACAGCAACAGCAGCAACAGUCUGCAGUGGCGGCCGCAGCAGCCCUCAACAUGUCACCGCUGCAGGCAAUGGCGAGCGGGCAACAGCUCUCCUCGACCGAUUGGCCUCACGGUCGCGUAGUCGUACAGCAGCCGAUCUCGAAUGCACAGUACUUACAGCAACUGUACGGCGCACAACCGAUCGUGUUCCCACCGCUGGGCGGCCAGCAACAGUUCCAGCUGAUCACCGCCUCGAAACCGUUCCAAGGCACACCACAAAUGCUGACGACCACGACCGGCAAGCAGGUGAUCGGGACGACCGGGGCGGGCAAUUUCAAUGGCCCCUUCACGUUCUUCUCGCCGAUGAGUGUGGUCAACUCACAGCAACAAACACAGGCCCAAAAUUUACUGCCGGCGCUCAGCGCAACUGCGGCACAGUCAGCGGUGGCCGCCGCUACCGGAGCUACCGGGAACAAGGCAGGCACCACCCAUCAGCAGGAUAUGCAAAAAGUGCUUCAAAGUGCAGUCGCAGCCGCCGCUGUUGCUACACCCGGUCAGAAGGUGCAGCUGCAGAAGCUUGGUACGGCGGCCGGUUUAACCGGUACUGCUGGUACGGCGCAGCAGCAGAAUCUUGCAGCGCUGACCCAACAGCAAGCGGCCGCCGCAGCCGGACAGCAGUGCGUGCAGGUGUCUCAAGCACCGAUGCAAACCGCGCAGCUCCUUAGUCCGCUGCAACAGCAAGGUCAGCAGAUGCAGUUCUCAACGCAGUGGCCCCUGCAGGGCCAGAUUUGGUCCACACCGAAUGGGCUGGUUGCGUCGAACCCGAUCAUCAUUCGCGGCACCAAUCCCGAUGGUUCGCAGGGCGUGUUUUUCCCAAGCACGCAGCAAACGCUACAGCAAGCGCCGCAGACUCAUAAUCAAACUCUUGCACUGCCUUGCACGAUCACUCAGUCACCGCAACAGGUUACCCAGCAGCAGCAGCAGCAGCAGCAGCAACAGCAGCAACAACAGGUCCAACAACAGCAGCAACAAUCUGGAGCUCAAACGAACGUUAACCAAGCGACCGGAACGGGCGUUGGCCAGGCUGGACAACUCGGUGCCACCAACGCCACUAGCGGACAAUCCAUCGGAACGGGUGGUGUCGGUUCGACGCUGCAAGGCCAAAAGAAUAUAGCGGGACAGCUGGGUACGAAGCAAGGCCAACGGCCACAGAUACUGCCCCAGGGUGCAUCCCCCAUACGUCCGUCCGUCUCCACACAAACGGCCCAGGCGCAGCAGAGUUUGCUCAACAAGGCGGGCAACAAGAUGCGUACGAAGCAACCGAUGGUACGUCCAUCGACACCGAUGAUUAAGACCGAGCUGGGAACCGGUACGACAACGCCGCAGAAGCUAGGCCAAGCGGCAAGUCAACCGACGACACCUCAGCAACAGCUGCAGCAGGUUGUUACCAGCAGUGGAAAGAUGGUGUUAAUGAACGCAGGAACAGCGCUCAGUCCGGCGGUACUUAAUAUGCCCAUCUUGGGAGACAGUAAGCAACAGCAGCAGCAGCAGCAGCAACUGCAGCUUCAGCAGCACCUCAAGACCGCUCAGCAGCAGCAGCAGCAGCAGACGAACAAUCAGCACAUUUUGCUACAGCAACAGGCAAUCUAUCAGCAACAGAUGAUGCAACAGCAGCAGCAACAGCAUCAAGCGCAGCAUCAGCAGGCACAGCAACAAGCGGCCGCUCAACAGCAACAGAUACACCAAUUGCAGCAGCAAAUCCUUCAGCAGGCCGCCGUAGCGGGUCAAGCAAACCAGGCACAGCUCCUUACGAAUGCCGCUCAGCAGGGUCAGUUGGUACAGACAGCAACGGCUGGCGGAGCCCAGCCAGGCAACAUAGUGCAUCAGCUUGUGUUCCAGCAAGGUCAGCCGAAUCAACCCGGCAUGAUGAUCAACGUUUCGUCUGAUGCUUUACUGCAGCAACAGCAGCAGCAGCAGGUACAGCAGGCCCAGCAACAGCAGCAACAGGCCCAACAGGCUCACCAGCAGCAGCAGCAGCAGCAGCAGCAGCAAGCCCAACAGCAGCAGCAACAGGCUCAGCAAAAUGCUCUUCAACAGCUAGCCAACCAACAGACCGGUGGACAGGCGGGCAAGGCUGGCAACGCCGGUGUUGCUGCCACCGCAACGCAGAUGAUAAUGGCAGCCGCCUCACUGGGCCAACCGGGAGCCGGUGAUCGUACCACGAUCGUGUCGCAAGGCGGACAGGCACUCCAAAUCGAUCGCAAUCUGCUGCCCGUGUCGAUCGCCAACAUUGCCGGCAAUCCGAUCGUAGUCACAAGCAAUGGUGCUACCAUUUCACCCAUCCACCAGGCGGCCAAUCAAUCGAACGUUGCCACCACCAACGUUGUCGCUGCCGGUACGCUCCAGUCCACCCAUCAGCACCAGCAGAUCCUGGUAUCUUCGAUGCCCAGCUCGGUACACCAAUCGGGACAGAACCCAAUCGUGGCGAUGACAUCCCUGUCCGCCGCUCCGAUGUCGGUCGCGUCGAUCAUCAGCUCGGGCACGAUACCUUCGAUCUCUGCCGGUGCCAUAACGACAACCGCAUCGCUCGGUGGACAGCAGCAGCAGGCCACGUUGGUCGCAUCCAGCGGCGGUGCUCAGUCAGCGCUACUCAGCGCCGGAAAGGAAACGGACCCGAUAGCGAUCAGCGUAGCGAUGCAUCAGCUGCAGCAGCUUUCGACACCACAGAAACAGAUCCAGCAACAGCAGCUGCUGGACAAUAUGAACGCACUGGCAGCUGCUGCCGGUGGCGGUACGAUGAUCGGUGGGUCACCGAUGGGUGGUGCGAACAUAAGCGGAAUAUCGUCACUACCUGGCUCACCGACCACCUCGACCGCUAUGAGCAUUAUGAGUGCGGCAGGCAAGAUUCCGACCUCGAUGGCUGCGGGUGGCCUGAUGGGUUCGCCGCAGGCCGUGGGAGCGAUGAAGCUAGGCGUGUUCCAGGCGCAGGGAUCUCAACUUCAACCCGGAAUCGGUGGUUCUACGACGGAUGGUACGGGCAAGGACAAGCAGGCUGCUACAGCAUCGGAAGCGAAUGGAAAAGAUUUGGAUCAAUCAACGUCGGUGGCCACGGAUAGUGCUUCCGAUGCGCAAAUGAACGGUACCGCCAGUACCCCGAUGGACACCACACCUGCCCCCGGUACCGGAACGACGGUGACCAAUGCAAACGGGGCCAGUAAUGCCUCAGACGCAUUGACCUCUCUCGCAUCACUCGCCUCGUCCGCACCAUCGGUACUUUCUGCCUCUGUGUCCCCAGCGUCCGCUACAACCACCACCGUGAGUAGCAGUGCUACCCAAAGCUCAACAACGCCGACGGUUUCUGCAGCCUCGGCCACUGGCACGACAGAUGAUACGUCGAAAGACAGCACGGCCACAGCUACGGUGUCAUCGUCAACCACCUCUACCACCGCUACCACAACGAUAACGACGGGUACAGCGAGCAGCACCACAAGCUCUACGAGCAGCUCGCCAUCCACAAUGCCUACGACAGCGAUCGCUACGGUUACGGGCACAUCAGCCAUCCCGGUUAGCAACAUUGGCCCGAACGGGAUGCUUUCCACCAACGGAAGCGUUACAUCCGCCGGGAUUGCCACAUCCUGCGUUACGACACCAUCCAGCACCGGCUCGAGUGGCGGAUUGCCACCCAAGACGGGUAGCAGCGCAGAUAAGGGUGGAAUUCCGAAGGCAACGAUCAAACCGAAUGUGCUGACGCACGUGAUCGAGGGUUUCGUGAUACAGGAAGCGAAUGAGCCGUUUGCCGUGCAGCGGCAGCGAUACCCCGAGCGGGACAGUUCCGACGAACCGCCGAAAAAACGCUCCACAAACGAAGCCAACUGUCCCCUUUCGCCAUCAAAUCAAACCAGCGAUACGGGCAACUGUGAGGUCUGCGGUAAGACGGAACUGCGCAGCAAGAUGAAGAAGAAACGGUUCUGCAGUGCAUCCUGUGCCCGGUCGGCCAAACAAAGCUCGCCGGAUCAGUUGUCCACUCCGGUACAAAACGGAACGGGACUUUCGACUGCAACACCGACGACUCCAACCUCGGUGGCAGCAUCGGUCGAGCCUUCUGCAAUGGUUGGCACCAUGAACGGCGGCAUGCUUGGUGUCCCACCAACCCCGGCAGGCGUUGUAGUUCCGAGCGUCGUCGAACCAUCGCUCGGCACACUUCCGCUCGGAGCGUUGGCAACGCCGGCGAUGCUGAAUCCAACCAUUGGAGGAGUCCUGCCAAACAUCAAGAUGGACCUGGAUUCGCAACAGAUGCAGGCGGCCGGCGCUCUACUUCCAGCGGGUGCUUCUCUCGCACAGCAACAGCUGCUGCAACUUCAACAGCAGCAGCAGCAGCAGGGUCUGCUUCAACCGGCAGCGACGAACACCGGCAUGGGACAAGCGUCCCAACCACCACCACCACCACCGUCGGGUAUGCUGAUUGCUGCUGACGUACCCGCCGCACCAGUGACACCGGUAGCGGUGGCGGCUGCUGCUGCGGCUGCCGCAGCCGCCGCGGCCAACAGCGAGGAAGGAUCCUCCAUUCUGCGCUGGUCGGUGCAGGAUGUGUACGAAUUUAUUCGCGGACUUCCGGGCUGUGCCGAUUAUGCGGAAGACUUUGUCAAUCAGGAGAUCGAUGGGCAGGCGUUGCUGCUGCUGAAGGAAAACCAUCUCGUCAGCACGAUGGACAUGAAGCUUGGCCCGGCACUGAAGAUUGUGGCGAGGGUUAAUCUCAUGAAGGCUACCGUCGCACCAGUCGAAGGACAACAACCUGCGUCGUAAGCUCGCUCUCUCUCUCUCUACAGUUUGUUGGUACAGUUGGUUGAGAUAGUGUAAAUAUUACAUAUGAUUUUUGUAUGUAUCCGUACGUAGCCGUGUUCGUAUUGCUUCCCAAGUACAAUUCAAAUCGCAUCACGGUGGGUGCGUGGGGGGGGGGGCAUACGAAUCGAGCAAGAUAAUGAGUAGAAGGAGCAUCAGCAACAUUGGAAAAGCAAAACACACUUAAUUUAUUUUACGCAUCCCCCUUCGUUCAUAUCCACCACUUUGCUAGCUGUCCAUCCUUUUGCACUACCCUUGAUAGAACUGAUUAGAUUUUGCUGCUAGCAAAAAAUAGUAAAAUAGUAAAUAGCAAUGUUUAGCAUAUUUUUCUUAUGUUAGUCGAACAGCAUUAAGCAUACAAACUUUUAGAUUGCUAUCGGCAACAAAAGUGAAUUUCAGACAAAAUUUUACAAGUAUGAUAUGUAAAUAUAACUAGGAGAAGAAUUAUCUACAGAAGAAAACAACAAAAAAAAAGCAAAAACCGAAGACCCGCCGUAAGUCAUAAUCAUACGUCUUCGAAGGUAAAAUGCAAAAAUAGGGAAGUUUAGCAAUUAGAAGGACCGCGACCGUCGCGUGAUAAGAAACUUUUAUUUCUUAGCUGCACGUGGUUGCAAGUGUAAUAAGUAUUGAGCAGUUAGCGAUAGCAAUGAAAUUGAAAUUGAACUGUGUAACCCAUUUUACACACGAACUACACGUUUGAACGUUCUGUUUGAAUAAGUUUUGUAAAAUGUACUGAAGGGGAUUAUGUUAAGACGAGGGAGCAAAAGGGGCAGCAAAGCAGUGCCUGUGCGUAUUUAUAUCAAUCAUAAGGCCAUGUAAAUUACCAGCUGAGAAAACAGUUUCGUGCAGUCUGCUGUAGGAGUGCGAAAGAAAUUUCUUUUUGGCAAUGUACAUUCUAUACGAUAAGUCGCGAGGAAUGAGAUAAAAUACAUAAGGAAGAACAUUUUUAAAUAAUUGU